AUGAGAGCUUUUUACAAAUUAACACUGUUGUUCACACUAUGGGCCUUAUAUUGGCAAAAUUAUAAAUGUCCAGCUUCAGAUCACAAAGGUGGAGUAGAUAAUACUAGUUUACUUUGUGAUAUUUCGUCAGUCUCGUCUUGGCAUCAAUAUUUUGAGAGACAUUCUUCUAUUUAUCGAAGAGAAAUCUCCCCCGCAUUCCAAUUCCCUAAUAACAAUACUUUUCUUGGAGAAGAUGGCAUGUCAACUGAAGUUGAUAAGGUAGUCCUAGUCCAAAUAAGGGAUUGGUCCUAUGAACAUAUUAUCCUUCCAAUUAAACCAAUUUUACAAAAGAUAUCCAAUCAUAUAGAUUGGGAUAAGCUUCAUGAGAUUUAUUAUCAAAUUCAAAUUAAACUAAAAUUAUAUUACAAUUUAAAUAUAAUCCCAAUCCAAAUUAAGUGCGUAAAUUUCUGGUUACAACAUGAAAUGUUUGUAAAGGACCUAUUAAGUAAGACAGGAUUAAAUUGUAAUUCCUCUAAAGCAAAUGAAAAAUGGUUAAUUCAAUUUUUGGAAGAACUAAUAUUUAGUAUUAAAUAUCUUUGUUUUAAGAUUUAUUUUUUUUUAAAAGAAAAAAUUCAAUUUAUUCAACAAGAUUAUUUAAUUGCCACUGAAAUGUAUUCUUCCAUAAGAGAAAACCUGUCUUCUUCCACAACUGCUUCUUUAUUAUUAACUCAACCUUCUGCUUCUUUAUCUUUAUUAUCGACAGGUACUUCUCUGGACACAUUUGUUACAUCAACAAUUAAUAUAAAUGAUAAAGAAAUCGAAAUUAUUCUUGAUAAUGAUGAAGAUAAAAAUAAUAAAAAUAUAAAUGUGGAAACCCAUUUACUCGCGAAUGAUGUGAUCAACUUAAAUAAUCAUAAUUAUGAUAAACCGGUAGGGUUAACUGUUAACUUACCUGAUCAAGAAUCUAUUCAACAAGAAUUCGAACUAUGGUAUAAUUCAAUUAAUAGAAAAUCCGAGAAUAUUUUAAAAAUAUUUAAUAAGGAUGUGGAUGAAAUGAUGAAAUUAAAAAUUGAAACAGUUGAUCCUGAAUUGAUUUAUUUAAUGGAAAAUUUAACAGCAUUAUCACAGAUAGAAUUUUCUAAGAUUGUAAAGACUAUCCAGGACAUUAAUUGUACCUGUGAGGUUAAUAAUUCUAGUGGUGAAAUCAUAUAUUUCGAUAGAACUGGCAAGACUCAAUUGGCUCAAUAUAUUACAAGACAAAAGAUUGCCUCAAUAUUUGAUACUACAAAGAUACUUAUAAAGAAUAAAAUUGAUGAAAUUAAUGACACAUUAUUGGAUUUAAUUAAAGAGGUUCAAAAAGAAGUGUUCGAUAUGCAUGAAGACUAUGUUGAUAUGUUUGAAGAAUGGGGUGAUAUUAUGAUUACUGAAUGGUCCAAGAGAAUGGCAUAUUUUGAUAUCAUUAGUUCCAACUUAAAUAUCCACGAUCCGGCUCAAGUCAAUGAUGAUGAUGACGAAUUGUAUAUUGAAGAUAGUUCUAUUGACGAUAUUGAAAUUGAAAAUGACAAAGAUUUUUUCCAUAAUAAUUGGAGUAAAUUUGUAAAAGUUAAAAAGGAAUUAAUCAAGCAUCGUGACGAUCUAGUUAGAUAUGAACCAGAUAUAGAAAUUAUCGAAGAAUUUUUAAAAUCAUAUCAAAAUGAAAUUGAUUUGAUUGUUUAUGAAACCAAGGAAUAUUUACAUAUCUUAAGAGCAAGAAGUAAUGUAUCCUUUGAAUUACGUGAAAGAGAAGAAAAGAUGAGAGAAAUGGCCAAGAUUGAAAAAGAAAAUAAAGAAUUGGAAGAAAGAUUAAUGAGAUUGAAAUUAGAAAAAGAGAAAGUCGAACGUGAAAGAGAAUUAUCUAAACAAAGAGAGUAUGAAUCUCAACGCUCUAAAAUGCUAGAAGAACAAGAAAAUACUAUAGAUCAAAUCAUAGAGAAUCAACGAAUUCAGUCUGAAAAAAAGCAAAGUGAAUUUCAACAAAGUGAAUUACAAGAACAAUUGAGUUUAAAUUCUAAAGAAUCCGAAAGACUGGAAAAGGAAAGAUUAGAAAGCAUUGCCAAGAAACAAGAAGAAGCCAUAUCGGAAGAAAAUCGUAUAAGUAGCGAAAGACAAGAAUUGGAGAGAUAUGAACGUGAAGUUCAAGAAAGAAAACAGCAAGAAAUAGAAGAUUCCAUUAGACAGGAGGAAUCCAAGAUACAAAACGAGAUGGUAGACGAGAUCGAAAGUACCAUUACACAAGAAGAACCAAAAAUGCAAGAAGAAACGUUAGAGGAAACUUUAACAAUAGAAUCACCUGAACUAGAUGAAACAACGAAGGAGACCAUUGCAAUUGAGCAACCUGAAAUUGACGAAAUUGAAAAUGAGAUAGAAGAGGAUCCUCAGGAGUAUGAGAAUCCUACUUAG